AUGGAAUUAAGGGACCGUCACAAAGUCAUUGGAAAGAAGACAAGGUCGUCAGAUCAGCAUCCUCGCAUCGGAGACGUGGUGCUCCUUGACGAUGACUCGCCACAGCCAAGAGGACAAUGGCCAAUGGCUGUAAUUAUUGAUCUAAUCAGAAGCAGAGAUGGAGAAAUUCGAAGUGCUCUACUUCAAAAUUCAACAGGAAGGACUGUUCAAAGACCGGUCAAUCGUCUCAUUCCUUUGGAAAUACAGUCCUCCGCCCAGUCUUCGGAAGACCGAAUUCACGAGCCUUCGACAGUAGAACAGAGGACCACAGUCCGGAGAAAACCAUCCUCCAAAUUGUCAAAAAAAGACGUGGUCAUAAGACAUCAGCCACCAAGAGCUGCAAAAAAUCAGGCAUCUUACAAUGAAGCAAGAUCCGGUUCCAAAAGCUCCAGCAACUCGAGCUCAACCACGCUUUUCAUGAUCGCCAUGUGUGCGCUUUCACUUUUCAACUCAGUGUCUGCAGCAACAAUAUCCUGUUCAAGCAAGGGAGCAACGAUUAAUAGGACGCACUUCACUAAGGCGGAGCUCUGUAUAAAUUACAGAGAGUGCAAGCUUAUCCCAGAAGGGAAUAACGUGACCGAAGUUGCCCUACCAUUCAAGUACAUCGUCAGUCAACACACCAUUCAAUGGCGGACGAUCGUUGACUCCAAACAAUAUACAGAAACGAUAGUCUGUCCAGCAGGAGACGUGUGCCAAAAAAUCAACUGCAUUAUGUGCACAGAAUUUUUCGGAAAUCCUCACUGCGCCCCUCGAUUGGCGAUAGGGAUCUUCGCACUCUGCCUGGCAGCCAUCCUCACCCCACUAUCAUUGUUAUGUUACAUGACCUGUCGACUGACACUCUUCAAACGAGGCUGGACACGAAUUAAAAGAAUGCUCGAGCAGAGUCAUAUUCAGCAGCAGAAAAAGGAGAGCUUUUCAAUGACGAAGUUGUCUGCGCUACCAACGAGCUCAAAACUGAUCAUAUUCAGCGUCGUAAUGGCUCAUCUGUUCUCAAACGGACAAUCGUGCCAGUAUACGCACACACUAAACGCAAACAACACAGUUUGCUCUCGAUCACCUACAAGACCGACUGCCGAGAAGUUCAGGAAAGCACCAUUACCCUGA